CCUUUAUAUAAGGGCUUCAUGGCCACUUCCCACUCUCAGAGGCAGCUGACAAGGAACUGCAGUCAUAUGAUUUCCAGCCAGGAAAACAGGGCUAGGAUUUUGCAAAGAUGUUGCCAAGACCGUGUCCGAUUCUGCUGCUCUCUCUGCUGACUCUGAGUUCAGGUUAUUUGAUAAAGGAACCCAAAGAACCAAAGCAGGCCUGGGGCUAUGUUCCUGUCAGAAGCAAUGCAAGCAUGUUCUGGUGGCUGUAUUAUGCCGACAACCCGACACAGAAUUUCACACAGUUUCCUCUUAUUAUGUGGCUUCAGGGAGGCCCUGGAGCAUCAGGCUGUGGAUAUGGGAACUUUGAAGAGAUCGGCCCUUUAGAUGCUGAUCUAAAAUCAAGAAGGACAACCUGGCUGCAGGCAGCAAGUGUCCUUUUUGUCGAUAACCCUGUUGGCACCGGAUACAGUUAUGUGAAUGACACCCUUGCCUAUGCCACAGAUCUGUGCACUGUCUCUUCAGAUAUGAUGGUAGUUCUCAGAGAGUUCUUCAAGUCUAAGACAGAAUUCCAGCAAAUCCCUUUCUACAUCUUCUCAGAAUCUUAUGGAGGAAAAAUGGCAGCUGCUAUUGCUUUGGAGCUUCACAAGGCUAUUCAAGCUGGAACAAUAAAAUGCAAUUUUCUUGGAGUUGGCCUGGGUGAUUCGUGGAUUUCUCCUCUAGAUUCUGUGCUUUCCUGGGGGCCUUAUCUUUACAGCACGUCUUUGCUUGAUGACAAAGGUUUGAAGGAAGUGACUACUGCUGCUAAAAAAAUCCUGGAUGCUGUGAACAAAAAGCAAUUCAAAUUGGCUACGUUGCUUUGGAGUAAGGCAGAGGAUAUCAUUGAAGAGAACACAAAUGGUGUGAAUUUCUAUAACAUUCUUACUCAUGAAACUCCUUCAAAGGUGGCUGUGGCAUCUUCAGGAAGUGAAAUGUUCCCCUUCUUAAAACUCUUCCAGCGUCAUGUUCAAUAUCAUCAUAAAGACAAGUUGAGUGACUUGAUGAAUGGGCCCAUCAGGAAAAAGCUGAAAAUAAUUCCAGACCAUGUGAAAUGGGGAGGCCAAGCCCAAAAUGUGUUUAUGAAUAUGGCUGAAGACUUCAUGAAGCAUGCAAUUGAUAUUGUGGAUGAAUUGCUGGAAGCCAAUGUCAACGUUACUGUUUAUAAUGGACAGCUGGAUCUCAUUGUUUCUACAAUAGGCCAAGAAGCCUGGCUCCGGAAACUGAAGUGGCCCAACUUGAAAAAAUUCAGUGCACAGAACUGGCAGGCAUUAUAUACCUGCCCAGAAUCCACAGACACAGCUGCUUUCCAUAAGUCCUAUGACAAUUUAGAUUUCUUCUGGAUCCUGAAGGCUGGGCACAUGGUGCCGGCUGACCAAGGUGAUAUGGCACUGAAAAUGAUGAGGAUGGUGACACGCCAAAGCCAUUAACAAAACUGGAGCCAGCUGGUUUGGCUUCCCAAUAAAAUUACACCACACUGUUGGCGUUACCACACCCCACCCUCAUUGCAAGAGGAACAAUGGCUGUUUGGCAUCUAAUGUGUUUUUCUGUUAUUUGGUACUAUGCAAGGAUUUUAAAGAGAUGAAGAUAUAAUUGCCUUUUAUAUGUGUGAAAAUGUGAUUCUCUGCCCUGCAUCAGUUAUCCUACCAACUUUCCGUGUGAUAAAUACUUCACUGAAGACCUGCUUUCUUUCUGUUACCUCUUUUAUGACACGUGGAAAGCUUUUGAUCAACGCUAGUAGAGGCAAAGUUUUUAAGCUCCAAAACUUGAGAGAGGAACAGUGGAUAGGUGGUCUUUGUUAGAUGAUGCUGUUCACUGCAAAUUACCAAAGGCACGUUUCUUUGUUAGUUAUAUAGUUUGUAGCACAACCGCUAAGCAAACCUCUUAUGUAUGUCCAGGUGAAGUGCCCCCAGGUGAAUUGGUGGGUAAUUUUCAUUUUCUGGAGGGGAGAAGGAUGAGCAACAAACCAGGGCUAAUGAGGCUAAUGAAUUGGCAGUAACUGCGAACCACUGUAGGAAUAGUUAUUACAUACACUUUCAAGAUAUAUAAAGAAACAUUUUCUCAACAUAGUAUCUCAUUGUACAGCCUGUUGCUAUUUGAUCUAAAAUAGAAGCUCCAUCUUUUCACGAGAUUUCCUUUCCUUAAAAGUGUUUUUAUGAUUACAGGCUUGUGCCCAAAUAGCUGAGGUGUGCAAUUUGGCCAAAAGGCAUGCCAUUUUGGAGUCCAUUGUUGGCUGACCUCUCAUUCUGUUUACUGGGAAGUUACACGAAUGGGGAGGGGUGUUGCCAUUUUCAUUUGGCAAAAAUUUGGCCCAUUGGCUACAAUGGGAAAAUUUAAAGGCUCAACCUUCAGUCAAUUAUUUUAAUUUUAAUCAUAACAUUUUUAAAAAAUAAGACAAGCUGCAAGAGAGGGUUCUGGGAAUUCUAGUUGCUGGUUGUGUCCAUUCUCAGCCAGUCAGAGCAUGGACACAACCAGGCUUUUUAUUGGCUGAGAAACAGAGAGAGAGAGAAACUUCAACUCCCAUCAUGCUCUGAGAGGAACUCAGAGACUUUUCAAUGGCCUGACCCAUGCAAGUGCUGCUGGGAAAAUGAGUUCCUUGCAGGCCCCUCUCUGGAGGAGGAGCUUAGGAAACUUUCCAAAAAGCAAUGGCAGGAAGGUGCUUCUGCCAGGGAGGGAGAAAAGAGGCAGUAGAUCCCAGCCUCCGGUAUAUUAGACUUAACCCCUUCCUCUCCAGGAACUGAUAAAAUCUGGCUCCCUUAAUCUGUUUUGCUGGGCUUUGCGGUUCCCUCCCCCUGUUCUGUUUUUGGAUAUUAUAUGAAACAGAUGACUGAAUAUUUCAAAUCAUUUUUGUUCAAACUGAUUCGGGACCAAGACUACCAAAUAGUAUAUGCAAGAAUAGUUUUGAUGAGUGUCAUCAGUGCUGAACACAGAACCAGCAGCGGAGAGGGAGCUCAUCUUAACCUUUUCCUCUCUGGAUAGUUUUUCAUUCAAAUGUACUUUCCUUGUAAUAUAAAAAUGAAUUCACGCUUAUGAGGAAAUAAUAGGAUUAGGUCAAUGAUGGUGUAUGUUCUGUUGCUCACUGGGCCUGUAACAGCUGUACUUUUCUAUAGGACAUAUACUUUAGCCCAGCGGGAAGCCAGGGGUGCCUCAGAGAGAGGUUCUCAGGGAUUUUUCUGAAGUGAUGGUCUUUAGAGUCUUUAAUGAUACAACAAAGUCUUUAUUAUGGAACAAAGAGCAAAUCUUCAAUGGCUCAAACAACACUUCAAGGCUUUCUUAGUCUAGUCCUCAAUGGACUGGUACCUGACUUUGAUUAACUGUACUUUCUCUGUAGGAAAAAAACCCUAUUUAACCUCUCCCAGACUGUUUACUAUCUAUGCCUCAUCGGUGUGGGUCCUACUACCGAUUCCAAAUGUAUCUGGGUAUCGAGUAGACCUACAGCCGAGGCUUGAAGAUAUUUCAGCUGGAAUUCCAUGGAUCUGUAAUGCUGUCCUCCCUCAGAGAAUUCUUUGAAACUUCAGGGCUGUUUUUCGUCUGAUUGCUGUGCGGCUGAGAGGCUGUGAGCUUUCAACCAGAGCCUUGGGACCUUUUCCCUGGAAUUUCUGUUUCUGUUUCCCCGGAUGUUCCUUUUCCCUGGAUGCUCUUGAGAAAAGAAGCUUUUCUACGGGACGAGCUGGUCUACGUCCUAUAGUUUCGCUUCCUUAUGUGAGACUGCCCAAAAAUGGCUCCUUUCUCUCCCAGAGCCCUGAACAUGGGGCGGAACCAAAGCUUAGUUAUGAUGGACAGGAGGCCUGCCCUAUUACUACAAACAGAUAACAGAAAGAAAAUGAAGUUGGAGCUCCUGGUACAGACGUACCAGCAGAGUGUACUUAAGGUUCUUCAAAUGUUGUUAGCUUGUCUCUCUCAUUGCAAGUCACCAUUGCUUGCUGCCUUUGUAUGAUGACAGUUGCAAUCCCACAAGUUCUGGAGGUCCACAAUCUUCCAUCCCUGGGUUCAUCUGCAUCUUUGGAAUGUUUUCUAAUAUUGUUACUGCAAUGAGAUGUGAACAAUGUGCAGUGAAGUUAUGUAAGGACUCAGCGCCUGUACACUGAGGCCUUGUGCAUAUUGCUGGAUUUUGAGAAUAUACUGGAGGCGGCCAGACUUGUGCCAUUUCUAGCCCUGCAUUGUCUGCUCUGUUCAUCUCCAUCCAUAGUCUGCCAUCAUCUCCAUCCAUAGUCUCUCAGGCAGUCUCUGAUCCUUUAAAAGAGCGGAUGCCAGCGAUUGAUCCUGAAGAUCCUGGGAUAUUUUACCUCCAACCAAAUAAACUCUUAUUCAGAGCAUGGGAAAAGCAUGUAACACAGUAUUUUAAUACAUACUUCAAUGUGAGAGAGCCUGUCUUAACUAUUUUUAUUUAUGAUAGGCAGGUUUCUAGCCCUGAUGACUGAAUUUGCCUGAACAUGUUUGUGCAAUGUUUGAAUAAGAAAGGAUGGUUGGUUGCCUCAUUUGCCUGCCUUUGCUCAUCAUCCUUUAUAAUAACUAGGGGAAAAUCAAAGUUUGUGCAAUAAGAUUAUGCAAAUAUGGUCAACUCAAUAAAUAAAUGGGUACAGGAAAGAA